UCUUAACGAUUGUCAAAAUGUUGUUUGUGGUCGACUAUAAAAGAACCGAACCAAGUGCAUACCCAGUUAGUCUGUCGAAACGAGUAACGAGUCACAAGCGAUACAUCAAGCAAGGAACCAAUCCUAUACAUAUAUAUAUAUAUAUUAAGCCCCCGAAAAUGUUGAACACUUUGGGACUUGGCGCAAUUUGCCUCUUGCUGAUCGGUGCUGCCCAUGCCGAAUCCAGUCAUCCGUGCAGCCAAACUGGCUUCAUUGCGCUCGAGGAUAAUGAGCAGGAAUACUUCAUCUGCGAUCCAAGUCCAAAUGGUGGGUAUGACUUGAGACUCUUGACAUGCCAGGACAAUAUGGUGUUUAACAAGGACCUUGCCAAAUGUGUUCACUGGAAUGAUGCUAUCCCAGCGGACGGCGGUGACAUUGAGAAUCCUACCAUACCACCAGACAAUUUGGAUGAAAGCACAACCACGGAGGCACCGACACCAACAAAGCCUGCAGAGACUACCGUAUCCACUGAACCGCCCACAACCGGUGAGCCUACAGGUGCGCCGGAACCUACCGUAAAGCCCACUGAAGCGCCCACAACCGGUGAGCCUACAGGUGCGCCGGAACCUACCGUAAAGCCCACUGAAGCGCCUACAACCGGCGAGCCUACAGGUGCGCCCGAACCUACUGGAAAUCCCACUGAAGCGCCUACAACCGGCGAGCCUACAGGUGCGCCGGAACCUACCGUAAAGCCCACUGAAGCGCCUACAACCGGCGAGCCUACAGGUGCGCCGGAACCUACUGGAAAUCCCACUGAAGCGCCUACAACCGGUGAGCCCACAGGUGCGCCGGAACCUACCGUAAAGCCCACUGAAGCGCCUACAACCGGCGAGCCUACAGGUGCGCCGGAACCUACCGUAAAGCCCACUGAAGCGCCUACAACCGGCGAGCCUACAGGUGCGCCGGAACCUACUGGAAAUCCCACUGAAGCGCCUACAACCGGUGAGCCCACAGGUGCGCCGGAACCUACCGUAAAGCCCACUGAAGCGCCUACAACCGGCGAGCCUACAGGUGCGCCCGAACCUACUGGAAAUCCCACUGAAACGCCUACAACCGGCGAGCCUACAGGUGCGCCCGAACCUACCGGAAAUACCACUGACGAGCCCGAAACCACCGGAAAUCCAACUGACGAGCCCGGAACCGGCGAGACCGCUUCCGAACCGAGUAACACAGAUGUAACCGGAACCACCAAUCUGCCCAUUGGGACCACUCCCGCUACGAGCACCACAGCGCGAGCUAUUUGCGCCACCACAGGCUUUCUGCCCAAAACUGGCAACUGCUCCCAAUACGUAUUGUGCUAUGAGACAGACGAUGGAGAACUAAUGGAUCAAACCCUAGAUUGUCCCGAGGGUAUGCAGUUCGAUCCAAGGCAAAGAUUUUGCGUGCUCGGCUUUGAUUGCAACAAUCCUUGAGCCACAAACAUUUUCAAUGUUACAGUGAGAAUAAGAGAGAAGAUUUAGAUAGAAGAAGAAAAUAAACUUCUGUUUUCACUGUGUAGCUUUAAGCAGUGCAUAACUAUAUCAAGAUAUAAAUAUUUUUUUGAUUGUC